ACCUGACCGGCAUAUCGGUGCACGAAAACUGUACUGUGGAGUAUCAUUGGGCCUGAAAACAAUUGUUGUUAAGGACAUUAGUGCAAGGGUUAAUCCAAAAUCUGUGCGAUUUGAACUUUAGUACAGAACCGGUACCUACGGUAGUACUGUACACUGAUAUAAUAGACCGAAUCUGUUAAUACAACAAGAGCUGAAGCAUAGAGCGUGUGAAUGGUGUAUUCUGUAGUUACUUCUGUGGAUCUGUAUCGAAAGUGACUCCUCUCUGAAAAGCUUCAAGAUGUCUUGGAGUCCAAGUCCUUAUCAGGAUGACAUGUUUGCUGAUGGGCAAGAUUUUUCUAAAAUGACAUCUUCAGAGCAGAAUAAAGUUAUUCGUUCUCAGUUACCAAGUGUACAAGCUCUCCAUGCGGGUGGAGGAACUACAAUUCGUCGAAAGCGAACUACAAAGAAAAAAUCAACAAAAAAUAAAGUUGCAGCUGAUAUAAAUGAGAAUGAUGAAGAGAAUACUGGUCGUCAUUCUACUCCAAAAGUAUCAGGAAUGGGUGAUGUUUUGUUUGAAGAUUUUUCGUGGAAAGAUGUCGAAAAUUUGAAAGAACUUACCUAUAGUAUGGCAAGGAAAAAGCAAAUCAGAAAACAAGUUCAAGAGAGCAGUGGUCUUACUGUUACAUCUGGCUGGAAAAGGGAAAGCAGUCUUAAAUGGAAGAGAUUCAAGGAAAACACCAAUGAAGUCUUCCGCUAUUGUCAAUUGUGGAGAUCUUCUAUUCACGAAAUUGAAGGUAGAUUCGGGAAUGGAAUUCGUUCGUACUUCGCUUUCCUGCGUUGGCUUUUUCUACUCAACUUAUAUAUAUUUACACUUGUAUUUUUCUUCAUCUGCGUUCCAACAAUUAUAUUUGAAAAUCUGGAUACCACUUCAACUGUAACUACAACUACAAACACCACAGAGCAGUGUGCAUACAAUCCAUACAAUUCUACUGAGAUUCAACCAUUCUCUCAAUAUAUUAUAUGGUGGUUUACUGGGCAGGGUUUCAUGGAGAACACUCUUCUCUUUUAUGGCUAUUAUGAAAAUACUGUAAAUGCUUUAUCAUCAAGCACUUUUUCAUAUAAUAUACCACUGGCCUAUAUCAUGAUUACAUUUUCCUACUUCCUGUUGAGCUUGGCUCUUAUUGUGAAAAGGGCAGCUGUCGGUGUGAGAGAAUCUCUCAUUUCUGGUGAAAACACGUUUUAUGCAUACUGCAAUAAGGUGUUUGGUGGAUGGGAUUUUUGUAUUACUGACAGCAGAGCAGCUGGAUUGAAACAUCACAGUAUUAAAUAUGAACUUGAGACUGAUUUGGAAGAAGAAAGAAUACGACAGAAGCAAGCAGCUCGUACUACUAAACAAAAGGCAAUUUUGUACACCAAACGCAUUCUCAUUAAUAUACUUGUGUUGGCUGUUUUAGCAGGUGCUCUUGCUGGAAUAUAUUUUGCAGCGGAAUAUGCUCUUAAGAAUACGUCAACGUAUGAUGAUGAGUUUUUUCUUGAUCUUCUGAUCACAUAUCUUGUUUCGAUUGUCAUAACUGUUGCAAAUUUUCUUGCUCCUCUGCUUUUUGAAUUCUUGAUCAUAUAUGAAGACUAUUCACCGGCUUUUACCAUAAAAUUCACGCUUAUAAGAACUGUUAUCUUGAGGCUUGUGUCAGUGAUGUUUCUGUACAUUGUCGUCUAUUUUCAAAUCAAUUGUGAAAGAUAUUCAUUCAUCGAUAAUGCAGAUAGUAGGAACUGUGGAUAUUGUGAUGGAAUGCCUUGUUGGGAGACAUACAUGGGUCAAGAGAUGUAUAAAUUAACAAUAUUGGACUUCUUUAUUGUGGUUGGGGUCACACUUUUUGUGGAGUUUCCAAGAAGGUUGAUAGUUGACCAUUGUAACUGCGGAUUAGCUAAAUUCAUCGGUCAUCAAGAGUUUGCGAUUCCAGUUAAUGUGCUGGACAUUGUUUACGCGCAAACGGUCAUGUGGAUUGGUGCAUUCUAUGCGCCCUUGUUACCUGUGAUCGUUGUCCUAAAGUUUUUUAUAUUUUUUUAUUUGAAAAAAUUGACAUUGAUGUAUAAUUGCAAACCUGCACAACGGCCAUAUCGUGCGUCGAGAUCUGGUACUUUCUUCUUCUUAAUACUGAUGUUUGGGUUCCUGGUUGCUGCUAUUCCAGUUGGAGUCAGUCUUUCAAUAAUAACUCCAAGCAACUAUUGUGGACCUUUUAGAGGAUUGGCAACAAUGUUUCAAUCUGUCACGAAUGCCAUAAGUACAUUGCCUGAAUGGUUGGCAAGUAUAUUUUGGUUUAUUGGAUCAGCUGGAUUCUCAAUAAUUAUUGGAAUCAUAUUAUGUUUGAUCUUAUACUACUAUGCUGCAUUGAGUUCUGCCCAUAAAAAGAUGAUCGAGUUACUUAGAGAACAACUUACUUUGGAAGGAAAGGACAAGCAAUUUUUGUUGAAGAGAGUCAACGAUAUGCAGAUGAGGUUGUCGGGAGUUGCACCUGAAGAUGUUCAAUACACGCGAAAGAGGACCGCUCACGUGGCUAAAGAUAAGAGAACUUCUGGAUUGGCAUAUGAAAAUGAAGAUGCCCGAAGUUCUGCGUCUGGUAGCUUACCUGGCCAGGCAUACGAUUAGUUCAAAGAAAUUGUAUAGUUUCAUAUAUUUAUGUACCUUUAUAUAUUUUGGUUGCCAUAGCAGUAUUGUAUUAGAGCUACAAACAACCAUGUCAUCAAUGGUUUGGUUGAAAUAUCUUGCUACAUAAUAUUGCUAAUUCCUAUACAACAACCUAUGGCACAUGGCAAUUUUUCCAGUAUCUGAUAGUCUCGUAAAAACACCCUUUUUCAAGAUUUCUAGUCAGCUCUGUAGUUAUCCGAUUUUACUAUAAAAUUGCUAUUUUGAAAAUUGAAAUUGAAAAUUAUUUUUUUUUCACUGUAGCUGUUCUUGUUCGAUUUAAUAAAUUUCACAAUUUUGCUGACGUGAUGUCCAGUAUUAAAGAUUUAUUGAUCUAUUUGCUAUUUGAAUAAACUUCAUUUAGACUUUUUAGCAUUGUAAAUGAAAACUGAUAAUAAGUUUUUACCUGAUUCUAAGUAUGUCUAGUUUCAUGGCUGUAUGUACAUACAUCUAUUGCAAAUUGGUUACUAUGAUGUUUGAGUUCCUAUUUCUCGAACUGAUUGUACAGCGAAUGCUCGUGUAUAUGAAGCCCGCAUGCGUUAUUGCUUUAUUCAGAGGUUGAUUAUUUUCAUCUUCAACUUUAAUUCAAUGUUAUUAUUUUGCUUUCAAACGUUGCGUUAGAUUUGGAUAGUUACGAUUCAUGUUACAAAGGUGCUAAAUUUUGGAAAAUGAAACUAUGUAGUUUGA